GACAAUUCCGGCGUCUCAUACAACAAAGUACUUCGGCCUUGAAUUUUACUUCUACCCCAUUGCCUACUUCAAUCACCUCAUCAUCCCUUACUCCCGCUGUUUUUCUCUCUCUGGAAAAGAAUCAGUCAUAUUUUAGAUUCACAGUCAUUCAUCAGAGUUGUAUCUUUUCUUUCUUUCUAGUUCUUUAAUACAACCGUCGUACGACAAUUCCCCUGCAGAAAGAGAGGGUUGCCGACGUGGUUUACGGACAUCCGGCUUUGAGCGUUUUGAUAUAAACUGUCUCCAUCCACGAUUUCCUCCGACUUAGAUUAGUGCAUGCGACAGAAUGCGCCUCAAGAAAGCAGCAAGAAUAAUAUUGGUUGGGGCUCCAGGAGUUGGAAAGGGCACACAGGCUGAACGACUUCUGCAACGAUUCCCGCAACUCUCUGCCAUUAGUUCCGGGGAUUUAUUGAGAGACAAUGUUAAAAAUCGGACCCCGUUAGGAAUCAAGGCGGAAAGUACCAUACAGUCUGGCUCUCUUGUUCCUGAUGCCAUGAUACUUCGACUUAUACUUCACGAAUUGAAAACUCGUGGUUGGUUAUUUCCCUCGUCGACGCCAUCGAUGAUGCUCGCAUCUAGCGCUAUGUCUGCUACCUCCUCAGAUUUCGACACAGAUUCAUAUGUUGAGCAACCAUCACUGGCGGAAGCUUCUUCGCCACCUCAAACAUCCAACGACCCCUCAGCUUCUUUCAUACUUGACGGCUUUCCUCGCACGGCCGAGCAAGCCUUUCAACUCGAUUCACUCAUUCCAAUAAAUCUCGUCGUCUCUCUCAAAACUCCAGCGUCUGUCAUACUGGAGCGCAUCGCGGGCAGAUGGGUUCAUGCACCAUCUGGUCGAGUUUACAAUACUACAUUCCAUGCGCCCAAGGUUGCUGGGCUGGACGAUAUUACUGGAGAAAAACUCACAAAGCGCCCAGAUGAUUGCGAAGAAACUUGGAAGACACGACUUAAGAAGUUUGAGGAGACAAGUGAGCCUUUACUUGAACACUACGCGCGCAAAAACGUAUUGUGGGAAGUUGAAGGAAAUAGCAGCGAUGAGAUUAGUCCUAAAUUAUACCAGGAGUUUGAGAGACGGUUUGCAGAUAUAUAAAUAAUCCUACCAAUUAUUUAAAUAAUUUUGAGUAGGAUAGAAGGAUGUAUCAUGUCUGUAGAGUUUUGGCGCACGGCGGGACUAUUGGAGAAGAGUGGGCUUCGCCCUUCAGCGAGAUCAAUUUACUCUUCGUUAUUUUUCGCUUAUUCCCCUUUUUAAUUGAUCGUGGCUCAGUGAGAUGAUGUUCUGAGUGGGGCAAUAUUUUUGGAUGAACGGAAAGUGAUGCUCGCUCGCUAUGUCAAGUGCAAAUGUCACCCCUGCAGGUAUAUGAAAUGCCGCAUGGUUACUCUGGGUUCGUUCAUCAUUGUCGACGUCACCGAGCAUAUGAAUGAUUGGUAGUCAAAUAAUUGAUGAGUGUUAUUGGAGGCUUCA